AGGCGUGUCACCUGAGGAACGUUCUGUCUGGAAAGCAAGAGGUGCCAUCUGCAAUGAGGGACUCUGGCGCGGACCGAAUGGUAAAGUAAUUCUCCCUCCAAAUAUGAGAUUCCAGGUUUUCCAGGAAGCUCAUGGACUCGGACAUGUAGGUAUCGCACAGAUGUUAAAAAAUCUGGAGCACUGGUGGCAUCCAUUUUUGAGAGACAUGGUCAAGCAUCAUGUGAAAACAUGUGAAAUUUGUGGCCAACACAAUGCGAAACCAACUGUCAGACCACCAGUGGGACAUUUCCCUUGGACUACACAACCGGGUAAGGAGAUUAUUAUUGAUUUUACAGACAUGAUAACACCCGUUAGAGGAUACAGGUAUGUAUUAAUGUGUGUUGAUGCAUAUUCGAGCUGGCCGGAGGCGUGGCCAACUAAAAAAGAGGACAGUAAAACUGUCAUAAAGUGUCUGAUCAAUUAUUACAUUCCGACCCAUGGUUUUCCAGAGAAGGUAAGAUCAGACAACGGCACUCAUUUCAGGAACCAAGAUCUGCAGAAAGUGGAGCAGCUGCUCGGAGUGAAACAUUCAUUCGGUACAGUAUAUCAUCCUCAAUCACAAGGCAAAGUUGAGAGACUGAAUCAAACUGUUAAACAAAAAUUGGCUAAAAUAUGUGCACAUACUAAAUUAAAUUGGGUGGAUGCUUUGCCUAUUGCCUUGAUGUCUGUUCGAAUGUCUGUUAACCAAUCAACAGGAUUCUCUCCAUAUGAGCUUCAGACGGGACGGAUGUUUCCAGGACCUGCAACCCGCAUUCCAGGAUGGAAAGGUGAACUUGCACACUUAUCUCAUAAAGAUUUCUUUAAUGAGUUACAGAUCCUGGCAGGGGAAUUUGUGAAAUAUCAGACAACACAGGAAUGUCCCGGCUCACCACCCGUUCCGGGAAUCGACUGGGUGCGCCUGAAAGUCAUCAAAAGAAAGUGGUCUGAACCUCGUUUCACCGGACCAUACCGAGUCGUGGAGAGAACAUCUCAUGCUGUCCGUCUGCAAGGGAAAGAAGACACCUGGUUUCAUUGGAGUCAGUGCACAGCAGCCGAGGAGCCACAGCGUGCGCUCCGAGACGUACAAGAAGAUCUUCGGCUUCAAUCUUCGGAUGAGGAGCAUCGCCAGGCGCUUCCAGGAGGGAGUGUAGCAGGAAUUCCUGCCGCGACCACUUCAGGUUCCUGAAAUUCAAGGUUUAAAAGG